AUGGUUCAUCGUAUCAACCCAGAUCCAAACAACGUUGACGUCGCUUCAGACAAAGACCUGGCCAGCAUGUUGGACGAGUUUUGGUGGGCGGUGAUGCAAAGAUCUCCUAAAUUCUGCGGAAGUGACGGCCCAGACUUUCAAACCUUUGCAGCGUUUGUUAAUCCUGAGUCGGAGUGCUUUAUGAUGGGAGUGAGUUCUGGUGUGACUUAUCACUUCAAGAUUGCACCCUCUCCGAAUCUCAAUCAGUUUCAACAGCGCCGGGCAGAUGAGGCUUUGAAUGAUUUGCGUAGGGCAUUCUGGGUAAAGAUAGCUGAAGCUCAGGAAGGCGACCAAAUCAAAUGGCAGUAUACGACUUAUGAUACCUCGCAGAAGUCCGAUGACGAUCUGCUUGCUCUGGGAUUUUUGGGUGAAGCUGUCUUGGAGAUUCGACGAGCUUUUCAGAGGGGAGAAAUCUACUGCAAGGUGACAGAUGAUCAAGGAAAUGUUCUUCAAGGAAUCGUCCCCCCUCAAUCUGGACCUGCGGUCAGACAACGAUUUUUCACUGGAAGAAAUGUUUUGCAGGAAUUGAGGAACUAUGGGGUUGCGCUUGAUGGUUAUUAG